GACUACUUCUACGCCUGCGGCAUCGACGAUGACCUCUCCAGCUACUUUUGCCUCGACGACGUCCCAGGUUGGCUCGUCUCCGAGCUGGAGGGCAACGACAGCCGCUUCAGCCAUCUUUACGGGCGCGACGCCGUUGCGCCCGCCUUCCGAGUGCUUCCCAUGGGAUUCAGCUGGAGCUUCUAUCUGGCACAGAUCGUCCACUCCUCCGUCGUCAAGGGGGUGCUCCCGGACACGGCUGGAUUGGUACUUCAGGAUCGCCGGCCUGGUCCGACGAUCGGCGCCCGCGGCCUCGUGUCUUUGCCUUACUGCGACAACCGCGCCACCGGGGCGGGCUCCCCGGAGCUUGCCGACGGCGCCCGCAUCGCAGUGGCUCGCCAGCUCACGGCCGACGGCUUCGCAGUACACGAGGAGGAGGACGCCUCCCUCUGGGCCGAGAGCCUCGGCUUCGCCAUCGACGGCUUGACUGGCGAGGUGGGGCCCACCGCCAAGAGGGCGGCCCGCCUGGCCGCCGCGGGCCGAUGGCUUGCGCGCCGCCCCAGGAUCACAGGCGUGAUGCUUGAGCGCUUCCUGGGGCAUUGCACUUUUCAGCUCAUGGGCGAGCGCUCGCUGCUGAGCAUCUUUGGUGCGUGCUAUCGCUUUGUCAGGGUGCAUUAUAAGCAGAAGGUCCGCUUGUGGCAGUCAGCCGCGCGGGAGUGCGAGUGGCUGUCAGCUCUAGUCCGUUUUGCUCGCACCAACCUGCGUCGGCCGUGGAGCCCCGCGGCCCACAUGUUCGACUCGUCGGAGACAGGCCUUGGGAUCGUCCAGGGCGUUUUCGACGAGAAGCUCAUCGCCGGCACUGGCCAGUACAACGAGCGGUGGCGUUUCAAGCAGCCUCAUGCGCUCGCGAGGGGCGUGCGUGCGGGAGCUCUCUGGCACUUCCGAGAUGUGAUCGAAAAUGUUGAAACAGUACUCCCUAUCGCACCGCCGCCCCCUCGUCCCUGGAAGAGAAGGCGCGGGUUCCCGGAGGUCUCCACAAAGAUGCUCGAGAAGGACUCCUGGCACACCAUCCUGUCAAAGCCCUGGUUUCGGGACGAGCACAUCACCCUGCUGGAGGCCCGUACUGGGAGAUUGGUUUGCAAGUCUCUUGGGAGGUCUGUUGGGAACCGCAACAAGAAGCACCUCAUCCUCGGGGACUCCAUGGGCUCCAUCUUGGCCUUCUCCAAGGGGCGGCUCCCAGCGCCACCGGAGGGCGUGUUGUCCGUCGUUGCAGUAUCGACGAGCUCAUCGAGAUCGGCCGCGCCGCCGGUGGCAGGCCUGCUUCAGCCGCCGAGGGACCACCCGUCGGCGCAGCGGAGUCGCCGUCUGCGGGAGGACCGUGCCAAGGUUCGGAGGGCGAGGCACGCUGUCCCAGCGGGGGGUGUGACUCCCGGGCCGCUCCUGCUCAAGAGGGACCCUCACCAGCUCAGUAUCUUGGAGCAGGCGUCGGUUCAGCCCCAGCAGGCGGCCACAUACAGAGCGACCUAUGCCGAGUUCGCCAAGUGGGCCGCGAACGAGGGCAUCUCCUUGCACUCGGACGAGGACGUGGACGCGGCGGCGGUCGACUACCUGGACGCGAUCUACCUGCAGGGCUACGAGGCGUCGUCGGGGGACAGGCUCCUCGGGGCCCUCAAGUUCAUGAGGAGCGGAGGCCCUCGCCCUCUAGCCCUGCCGCUGACGCGGAUGAGGAGGGCGCUGAGGGGCUUCCGCAAGGCCGCCCCCGGCGCCUCUCGCUUUGGGCUGCCUUGGGAAUGGACGGCCGCCAUAGCGGGGACCUUGCUGGCCGCGAAGCGGCGGGAUGCGGCCCUCUGCUUGCUGACGGCCCACGAUGCAUAUUCCCGACCUGGGGAGAUUACAGACCUUCAGGUUGGGGAUGUGGUGCUGCCUGCGCCCCGCCUCCGGGGCUACCACCGCCUCUGCCUGGUCAUACGGCCGGAGGAGAGGGGGCAGCCGCGCAAGACGGGGAGCUUCGACGACACGGUCUCGGUCGAGGACCUGGACGCGCACAUCUCAUCCCACCUGGUGCAGUUGGCGAAGGGGCGGGACCCGAGCGAGAAGCU